AUGCUGUUCCGCUCUCAAGUCCUGUUCGCCUUUCUCGCUUCCAUCGCAGUUGUGCGAGGUGCCGAGCGCGGGGGGAAUGUGUUUGUUUCGAUGAUUAGGCACGCCAAAUUAGAUCCGUUACGAGCUUCUACGGCGCAGUUGGAUCAUAUUCCUGGUAUCAUGGUACAGUAG